ACUUCGGAUACAAUAUUUGUUAACCGUUAAUCAAUACUGGAAAAAGUAGCGUCGUGUGGCCAUGGUGACAACAGGAUUUUCCAGCUUUGUUUGCUCUAAUUUAGACCUGAAAUAUCAAUUACCACUUUACGCAUGACUUAAAGAGUAUUUUCACGGAAAUAUUGAAUCUACUGGAACAUUGUAAAAAUGUCGAACUCUCCAACAAAAUCAAUUCCGCGUCCGAGGACAAACAGCCCGUUGAGCAGGUCGCUGCCGGCUUCGACCGCCGGAGCUUCGGGGACAGCACCUGUUGAUAGGGUGCUCCAUUACAGGGCGGAACAUGCAGGUGAUCGUUCAUUGAGGAAAACGGCGCAGGUCUCUCCUCUUCAAAUGAGUACACCAUCGAUGCGCACUGGAACAACUUUCAAGACCAACAAACUGCAGACAAAACACAGUACAUGGACACCGAUAUUGCACAAACCAUCAAAUGAACAGCUCUAUUUAGAAAGGAGAGAUUUAACUGCACACUGGUUUGACCUGUGGACGGAUUCCCAACGGAAGCGAUUCCUGCAGUUCCUUCUGGUGCACUGCAAGCGUAGCCAGCUUGUCUUUCUCCAGCAGUUCUUUGACAGUAAGAUUCCCCUCACCCAUGUGGACUUCACCAAGAUCCUACCUCGCUUCCUCUGCCUCUAUAUCUUCUCGUUCCUGGAUCCCCGCAGUCUUAGCCGUGCCUCCAUGGUCUGCUGGCACUGGAAGUUUGUCACAGAACAGGAUGAGCUGUGGGUUCACAAGUGCCUCCGACAUGGCUGGCUGUUGCCUUAUGUGCCAAGAGAGAAUGAAUUUGGAGCUUGGAAGAAGCACUACAUCAAAUGUUUUAGGUCACUUGAUGUUACUCAACCAAAUGAGAAGUCUGAUAGGUAUGGCAAGCUCGGGGAUGGAUCAACACUAGCAGAGAAAGAAUAUCUCAGGAAACUGAAGGCAGGCCGGAUCAAGGAACCACCUCUAAAUCCACAUCCCUAUGCUGAGAGGGGACCAUGGCUUGACCCUGAUCCUUGCCCCCAGGACACCGAGAAGGCUUUCAAGAGCAUGGCGGACACCGCCAACCCGACCUUUGGCCAGCCCCUUCCCAGGGCACACCAGAGAUCGUGGACGGAACCCGCCCGUAACUUUGAAUAUGGUCUGGAGUCUGGCAAUAGAAAACAACAGCACAGAGUGAAUCAGGAUGUUGAGGAGACAAUAGGCAAUGACAGGAGUCUAGCCACCUCUCUAUCUGCCUGUAUUGCUGUUGAGCUCAGUGAGAAUCCAAAUAAGAUCAACAGGUCCUGGGCUAAACCCCAAGUUCAGCCUGUUUCUAGAAGACCAGAUCUGUCUCGAGGGGGAGACUACUCGGCUUUCAAGAAAACGUGUAAACAUGAUGUAGGGUCAAAGGUCAUCAGAGGGGAUUCCCCUUUCAGGAUUAUGCUUAUAUCUAGUGAAGUACCAGCUUAUCAACUCCUGGUAUCAGCAGCCAAACCUGAUGUAUUGCCCAUAGUAUAUGAGUAUAAUGGUAGCACCAUAGAAUCUCUACUUACCUUGCUCCAAGCGACAGUAGGAUCAUAUCAAGCUAGGAGUAUCGGUUUGUUCACCCUUGGCGAGGACUCGGUUCGGAUUAUCAGAGAAACAGCCAUCACGUCUCAGAUGAUAGAACACCCGGACAUCAAGAACUUCUGGGAGUCUUUCUCCCAGUGCAUUGAGUCGGCCAAAGAGGGAGGAUCGCUGGAUUUCUUUGCUCCACUCGAGGCAACAGCUGGUGGCCAUGAGAUGAUGUCACGUCUAUCAUCUCUGAUUGGUCUUCGACUAUCCAGCCCUGCCACCCUCUCACCCACAAGGUUCGAUUAUGUGACAGGGGAAUGGCAGGACACGGCUCAUACACGACCCAACCCUCCGCCCAACUCCCUCUACUUUCAAGCAGCACCCCUGCAGGCGUGGCAGGCCCUAGCUGGUCGGGUGGCUGAGGCAACCACACGAUGCAGCGAAGAUCUCAGGGGGUUCUUUGUGCAGAGGAGGGAGCAACUCCUGCACAGAGUAACAGGUGAUGUGGUUCUAGAGGAGCUAGGAGAAGAUGGUUUAGGUGUAUGUGAUCAGGUCAUGGUAGCAUUAAGAGAGGCUUUGGAGGAACUAGCUAGAUAUCCUGAUCAGGCAAAUCCAGCAGCAUUCCUUGGGGAGACUCUUUUGAAGAUAUCUGGACAAGGUGCACCCCAUCAUCAAGGGAUGACCAAUGGCACACCAGGGGCACCAAGGCAAUCUAAUAAGAUGUCUGGCUUGAAACUUGCCAGUGAAAGCCAAGAUGAUAUGUCGAUUGGUGAAGAGAUCGAGGAGGAGAUUGAGGAGUACGAAGAGGAGAGCGAGCAGGGGCUGAUCAGAACAACCAAAUUCCGUCCUGAACCCAUCAACUCAAAGACGUUCUUACGGACACAUUCCAAACCCAGCACUGUGCAACAGACAUUCCAAUCUAUGCAGUUGAACACACCCCCUGGCAAGACCCACUCUGAGAGGAGGAGAGCAGUAGCCAAUGAGAUUCUUGAUGCGGAGACGGUGUAUCUCCGAAGACUCAACAUCAUUCACAAUGUUUACUUUGAGAGGCUGGCGGCAGCGUUGCGAUCGAAUCAUGCCAUCAUUGGGCAGACAAACAUCAGUCUCAUCUUCACAGAUACUAAUAAUAUUCUCAACGUCACUAGGGGUCUGUAUGAAGAAUUGAAAGGUCGAUUAGAGAGUUGGAGUGCCCAGCAAUGUUUGGGAGACUGCUUUGUUAAGUUCCAAUCAAAGCUCAAGGCCUAUACCAACUUCCAUAACAACUAUGCAAUCAUACUCUCAACGAUUGAUAAGUGUCGAGAGCAAGAGCCUUCAUUCCGCGCCUUCCUCAAGCAGCACGACAGCUCCGCUUCAUCUGAGAUGAUGACCUUGGAUGAGCUGUUGCUAGGCGUGGCCCACCACAUCCACCACUACAAUCGCCUCCUCUUGGCCUUUCAUCAUGCCACACCCGACGAUCACCCGGACAAAGAGGACCUGAUGACGGCCAUUCAGACAUUUAGGCAGCUCCAAGAUCUCAUUGACCAGAACAAGCAGCGAGGUGAAAGAGAGCGUGUCUUGAAAGGUCUUCAGAAGCGUAUCGUAGGUUGUCCCAGUCUCUUAGAAGCUAACAGGUUCCUCGUCCGUCAAGAAACGGUCGCUCUGAUGGAGUCAGUCUCCACCUCAAGCAAGACCAACAAUAUCAAAGGGCCCAUGAAGCAUGUAAAUGACCUUUGCUUGUUUCUAUUCAACGAUGCUCUUGUCGUCACCCACGAGGGCUCCCGUCACGUGCCUUACACCCGCCGCUCAGAGACUUUCUACAAGUUCAUUGUGGCUCUGAGUCUGACUAGAUUGCAGGUUCAGGAUGUACCAGAUUCUAAAUAUGUUCAGCAUGGUAUUCUGUUGGUUUCACCCAAGAAGAGACUGCUAUGUUCAGCUGAAGACUAUUCCUCCAAGGUGGCACUACUCAGCAUACUGGAGGAAACAAUCAGAGCUGCUUUAGAUGUAGACUGAAACAACAACAGGGGACAACCCCAACAACCGCCAUAACAACAAGAAAAUGUGGAAACUUCAUGGUGUAGUGGUUCCGACUCUCGCCCUGUAAUCAGAGGGUCGUGUGUUCUAAUCCCACCAUGGCCUAGAGUCCUUUGGCAAGAUAUCAAUCCACAAUUUGCCACUCUCCACCCAGGUGUUAAAUGGGUACCUGGUAGGAUGAGAAAGCCUAUGUAGUAUUCCUAGCAAUUGAGUCUUGGAAGUCAUUGGAAUGCUCCCCAGGGAAUGGAGAAAGUGUAUGUUGUGUACAGGCAUGCCAGGAUCCGAUGACCAGGGUAAUGAUAUAUUUGUAAAGUGCUUAGAGAUGCUGUUCCAAUGUAUUAAGCACUAUAUAAAAACUUUUUAUCAUUUAGAAAAGCAAGAUCUCAAAAAGCAGCAACAGUACCAGCAACAUUGUUCUGCCUAUCACAAGUGGAGAGAAGCGCUGUGGAUAUUUGGCGGCUCAGCUACAGCCGUGGUAAUGAUACGAUACCAAGUAUCAAGCGCAGUAGAGUAUAUGCAAUUAUAGUAGCUGCGCUAUAUUAACGGACCAUAUUAUUAUCUGUGGUACAUGCUUAUUAUGAAGAAGUCAAGUGUGCCUUUUUUUAACUCAUGGGUGGAGAGAAGCAAUGUAGAUCAAAUGCUUGUGUGUUACCUGAGAAGAAUAUGAAUUUGCAUGAUGUAAAUGCAUAUUAAUUCAAGCAGUAUUGAACAAAUGUUUUUUUUCCAUGCAAUACCUCUAUUUUAUCACUGUUGCAAGUGGAAGAACAACAGACUGUCGUGUUACACAUUUAUUUAUAGUAUUACUCUGUUGCCUGUGUUCCAGAGUCCAGAUUAAUUUUAGGCCAUGGUCUAAUACUGUGGUGAACUUAUCGGAAACUGAAAAUGUCAAAAUUUUGUUUAAAUUGCAUGUUACUUAUGUUUACUCAGCUCUUUCUCAUGCUUUAAUGAUGAAGAAAACUAAGAUAGGUUUUAUUCCCAGGUAGUUACGAAUGAUAAGCGUUGAAUGAUCUGGUACAUUGAAUACUGUUAGAGAUUUGUGUCACUUUUGGCUAUCCAUAGUUCGACCUUAACUUCAAACCAGAGUUCAGAUUAUGGGCCGAUGAGCAAAUUAUUCAACUUUAUACAACUCUCGAGAAUGUUCUGUUAUCCGAUUGGUCCAAAUCGGAUCACAUGAUAUUCAGCAAACUGCACUAUGGCAUCCAAAAUGCACUGUCCUGCACUCUGACGUCAUACCAAAUGCACAAUCCUGCACUCUGACGUCAGAGUGCAGGAUAGUGCGAGGUCUGGAAUUAUCUAAAAUUAUUUAGUAUUUAGAUCUAACAUAGCAUUCGGGGCAACUCAGUAACAUGGGGGUGUAUAAAACAAACAAUGGACGCAUUCUUGUGCAUAUAGGACCUAAAUAACAAACUCUGUGCUCGACUCGCCAAAUGGAUAUACCGCACUCAGAGCGGGAUAUCCAUUGGCUCUUCUCGCACAUCGUUCAUUAUUUGGCCCUGCAUGCACGCGCUUAUGUGCAUUAUUCUUAUACUAUCUUUAUGCAGAGAAUACAGAAUGAGAGCAUUCAUUUACAUCCGUCCUGCUGAACAUUCUCAGCAUCUAUGCAAGUACAGUGCCUUUUCUACACAUUGAGGAUGUCACCUGUUUUGGCUGUAUGCAAACUUUUGCCACUUUAGAUAUAACGUGUUAGAAAUUAUUGCUGAUACUGGUGAAAAUGUGAAAUACAUUUGGUGAUUUCAAGCCCAUUGUUGAUGUUGUGUUAGAGUGUGAAUCAGGCUGUAAAUGUAUAACCUACUUCCAACAUCAAGGCUGAAUUCUCAGAAGAGGUUGCAGUUGUGCCCUGGUACAAAACCAUGGACGCUGCAGAUUUUGUGCAUUAUGCCAAGAGUGCUCAUUUAUAAUUAGACUUAUCUUAAAAUGCGAUAACAUAAUCACAAUCACGUACACAAAAUUUUGCGUAAACCAUGGUUUUAUAACAUAAAUUGGACUUCAAUUGAGAACAUGGGCCUAAAUGUCAAAUAUCACAUUGUUGGAUCGAGAGAAGUGCAGUGAUGUCACUAGCUGUAUGUAUCCACCUCAUAUAUAUCAGAUGCUGGUUUUUUUUUAUGUGUGUGUGUAUUUGUCAGAACGAACACAAUUAGACAAUCCAUAAAACAACAUGUCUUUCCGUCCAACCCGUACAUGUAUAUUAUCUCAUUUUACUUCACUUCAUGAAAUACUAAAAUAAAACAUAGCUUGAAUGCAUUGCACCACUUCAUAUUACGCAAAAAGCGGAGACAAAUUAUUGCAGGUAGAUUCUGUAUAAUUAUAAAGGGGGUAGGCUUUUUUGAAACGCUUGAUUUCACUCGCAGGGAAGGGCGCCCAACAGCGUUGAGUAAGUGCCUUCGCACAUCGGCACUCGGCUGUGUAUAAAACAUAUGGGGACAAUGAGAGUGUGUGUUUGGGAGAGGGCACAAGGGUGGCAUCUGUGGAUAAUUCCAGCUUUUCUUUCACCAGAAACCUCCAAGAUAUAUUCAUCUCUGAUUUUAGAAAGAAAAAAAAUUGCUGUUCCUUCAUUUCUCUCAUGUUUUAUACACAACCCAAAAUGCCGAUACAAGACUGUCUACUUACUCAACGCUGUAGGGCGCUCUUCCCGAGCGUUUCAAUUCAUGCUUUGAGUGUCCAAUCUUCCCCUUGUAGUGUCUCUGACCAUUACAUACAAUAUCUUCUCCUUGUUAAUAGUAAUAUGUAUUCUAUUUUCUUGUGUUGUGAAGAUAUAAUCAGUUUGCUGUGAGUGCAUAUUACUAUUGUAAUAUGAAUCUAUUGAUAUAUACCAAGAGUGCUACUAUAUUUAUGCAUAAACAUUCCAUUUUUAUCUUUUUAUAGUAUUCAGAAAUUAUUUAUUAACAAAAUGUGAAUGUGAAUCCUGCCUUUCGAAAUCAACUGCCAUUCAAAUCAAAUGAAAUAUUGUGAUUUGUGCUGCGAUUUUGCGAAUAAUGUAUGUUAUAAUUCAAAGCAUGAUGAUCAAAAUAAAUAAAUGUAACUUUUAUCUUUCCAUUAA